AUGAGGGCAAAAGUUGUGAAUGUCAACAGUCAAGUCAAACAAGACGAUCUUACAGAAAAAAAUUUAGCCUUGUUUUCUGAUUUGUAUGCCGUUGCACAAUUUUCAUAUGAGGGAGUGUAUAGAGCACAGGGAAUAUUCAAUAUAUGGCAACCAUACGUGGCAUCUGAUGGUAUUUUUAGCCUUGGUCAAAUUUGGCUUGUCUAUGAUCAAGGACUGCCUACAAGACAAACAAUCGAAGCUGAUUGGGAAGUCUUCCCAUCUCAUUAUGGCGAUUCCCGACCUAGACUAUUUGUAUACUGGACGGCCGAUAAUUACAAGUCCACAGGUUGCAGGAAUGUAGAGUGUCGAGGAUUUGUGUUGUUCAACGGUGCACAAUACUAUCCAGGCCAACCUAUAGAACAAGUAUCUGAGUAUGGCAAAGAUCAGAUUGAAAUGUUGAUUAGCAUAAAAAGAGAAAUUUUAGAAGGCAACGCAAUAUGGUCUUUAUAUAUACAAAACAAAAUUGUGAGUUAUUGGCCUGGAGCUUUAUUUAGUUCAUUGGCCGAAUCAACCGAUCUUGUGGAAUAUGGAGGGGAAGUUGUGUAUUCUACCAAUGAUAUAGGAACCCCACUCUCAAAAACACAUAUGGGUAGUGGUUAUUUUCCCAAAGAGGGGUUCUCAAAGGCAGCUUAUAUAAGAGACAUCCAAAUGCACAACUCUAUUGAUACUCUUGUGUACCCUCAAGAAAACAUUAUUGCAGGAAAACCACCUUGCUAUAAUUUAACUCUUGGCAUUGACAAUACUAAUCCAGAAUGGGGUCACUACAUGUUCUUUGGAGGUCCCGGGGGAGACAAUCCUAGUUGUUUGAAAUGA